UUGUUGUUGGUCCCUUUCUGCUCCCGUCGAUGCCAUCUAGCAUAAUCACAGCACUUUCCCCUAUCCUAAGAAAAGAGGAGCAUUAUUCGAUCAUAAGACAUGGUCAAUUCGUGCACGUAGAAGAUAUUUGUCUUGCUCACAUAUUUCUAUUUGAAGAGCCGAAAGCUGAAGGAAGAUACAUAUGCAAUGCAUGUGACGUUACUAUUCAUGACAUUGCGAAAUUAAUCAACAAAAAGUACCCCGAGUACAAGGUUCCCACUAGGUUUGAGAAGAUUCCAGAUGAAUUAGAGCCGGUGAGAUUAUCUUCGAAGAAAAUCAGAGACUUGGGAUUCGAAUUCAAAUACAGCUUGGAGGAUAUGUAUACUGAAGCAAUUGAUGCAUGCAGAGAAGAAGGGUUUCUUCCUAAAACUGCUGAAACACCAGUGAAUGGCAUGGUGAAUAAGAAACAAAUAAAUAAAUAGGUUUUCUUAUUUUUCGGAUUCUCCAAUGAUUCUUCUGUUGUGAAUGGUAGUCAGAAUUGUAAGGUGAAGUUGUCUUCAGAUAAGUUAUGAAUAAUCUUCUCAUGUCUUGUUAAUUCCUCACGUAAGAUUUUUUUCUUACCUUUAUGUAAUUAAGGCUAUUAUAAAAUUAUAAGUGCUCAUUGAAUGUCAUUAUAUAUCG